AUGUUCAACCUCAAGAACAUCAUCACUCUGCUCGCUGUCGGAGUUCUCUCCGCCAGCGCUGCUCCCGCUGCUGAUGUCCCAGUGGCCGAGGCUGAACCCGCGCUUGUUGAUCGCCAGAUCAGUGCCCGGGUGUUCGCCUGCGAGCACAUCCGGAGUCAAGGUGCCUGCAUCACGUUCAAUGCUCCUAUCGCUCAAUGCUCCUGGAACGACAGGAUCAGCACGAUCAUCAACCAGGACAGAAAUCUCUUCCGCUGCGUGUGGUUCGAGCAUGGCGGCUGCAGUGGUCGUUCAUACGCCAACCAGGUGGACGACCAUCUCGGUGACGGCGAUGGGUACUUCAAUGACCGGAUCAGCUCCAUCAGGUGCGGCUAG